AUGCUAGCGAUCGUUUACGUGCAUGUUUUCGCACACAAUUCAAUUAAUUUUCAGGCAACAAGGUUUUACGUCUUUUCCUUUGUCAUCACCGCCACCAGCAAAUUGUUCAACGUGACUAGUGACGUGUACAAAUUCACAAGCCUACACGUCAUCGACAACACAGGACAAGCGAUCGCUACAGGACCGGGACCAGGACUUCCAGCCCCAUUUAGAGCCGCCGCCACAUACUUCAGAAUCGAGCUCCGAUUGGUCCCACGGCUCUGUUCCCUACGAACUGACAUUGGAAUCAACCCAACAAAGUUCCCGCCAUCUUCCAAUAGAGCUGUCUACGUUCCAGUGCCAAGAGUCCAGAACCAGAUGGACGUAUCCAUCACUCGCCAAAUGAUAAUGGACCAAGCACAUCACAAGGAAAUCAUCGCAGCAAUGGCAGCAUUGGGAGAAGAGUUCUCGAUGAGGGCCGCGACCAGAGACGGAGAACCUGAUAACGAAGCCUACGAAAAGUGGUCCAAGCAACAGAUUGCAAAGACCCAAUUCCAAGCGCUAGAACAAGCACUCACGGCCACCUACGUCGGACUACAACAAGGAAUGGAGACGCCAAACCAACAACUGGCAAAGCUCAACAUGAUCCGAUACAAAGGAGGCACGAUGAUGUACGACAGCGUGGCUACUUUAUUUGGCAGAAUUGCCACGAUUCUAAAUGGGUUAAACCACGAGAAUCCCCCGCCAACCAACCUAUCAGACUUGGCAGGAGUAGCGUUCCAAGCCUUCACACAAGAAAUCAAGGACGUUGUGGCUGAACACCUAGAGACAGGAGCAGCAGGACCACUACUUAUGGACUACCCCAGCAACCUGUCUCGAAUGCACCGCCUACGCGAACGAGCAGAGAAAGAAAAGAAGCGAAUCAAGCAAAUUGUGGGAAUUGCAAACAGCACAGGACAAAUCAGACCCAACAGAAGCUACAUUCCAGGACAAUCUGCACCACCAAGACCAGGAGGAAGAGUCUUUGUUUUAUUCCACCAACCAGAAUUCCAAGGAUUCCGGGGAUGUCAAGGGUUCCAGGACGAUCGCUCCUUCCAAGCUCCAGAGAUCAAGACCGUGGAACCUUCCACACCGCAAUGA